GAAAUGUGAAUGACACUGACGCUCACGCGGUCGCCCCGAAUUAAAUUAAAUACGCACAGUACGCAGAUAAGAAGUAGAACAUUCAUUCAAUUUUACUGCACGCGUGCUACUUGCUUUCCUGUACGUCUUCAGUUGCUGUUGCUGACCUGACUCUUGCUCUUCCUCUUCUCUUGCUGUACGUCAUUGGGUUACCCACAGUCGUCUCCAUUUCCUUUCACACCUUCUUUCUUUCUUUGAAUCGUGCUGCGUCGUGUCGUGUUUGUCGCGACAAAAAACAAACGCAACACCAUUAAUUAUCACUCUCCUCCUCCAUCACUCUCACUUCACCUCAAACUUCACUAGAUCUCCUCCUCCUCCAUCACUCUCAACUCACUUCAAACUUCAGCUCACUCCCUCACUCCACUCCCAAGUGUCACUUGAGCCCAGCUCCAGCUCCCCUUUCCCGGCCGCUCACCGAUUCGAUUCCAUGCCUCCUCCUUGUGCGCCUCCUCGCCUCUUCCUCCUCCUCCUCCUCCUCCUCCUCCCCGCCUUGGCCUUCGCCUCCUCCGACAUCGCGCUUCUCCUCACCAAGGUCAAGCCCGCGCUGCAGGGCCAGGCCCCCAACGCCCAGCUCGCCACCUGGAACGCCUCCACCCCACUCUGCCUCUGGCGCGGCCUCCGCUGGUCCACGCCCGACGGCCACCCGCUCCGCUGCGACACCGCCGCCUCUCGCGCCAACCUCUCCCUCGCCUCCGACCCCGCCCUCCUCCUCUCCUCCAUCCGACUCCCCGCCUCCGCGCUCGCCGGACGCCUCCCGCCGGAGCUCGCUGCCUUCUCCGCCCUUGACUCCCUCUACCUCGCCGCCAACACACUCUCCGGCCCACUCCCGCUCGAGCUCGGCAACGCGCCCGCGCUCUCCGCGCUCGACCUCGCCGGCAACGCCCUCUCCGCAGCACUCCCGACCUCCAUAUGGAACCUCUGCGACCGAAUCACCGAGCUCCGCCUCGACGGCAACGCACUCACCGGAGCCAUCCCAGCGCCGGCCGGGCCCAACACCACCUGCGACCGCCUCCGCGUCCUUGAUCUCGGCGCCAACCGCUUCUCCGGCGACUUCCCCACCUUCCUCACAGCGUUCUGCGGCCUCCAGAGCCUCGACCUCGGCGGGAACCGCCUCUCGGGGCCCAUACCGGAGGCCCUCGCCGGGAUGACAGCCCAGCAGCUCCAGGCGCUCAACCUCUCCUACAACAACUUCUCCGGCCAGCUGCCCCCGGGAUUCGCCGACUCCGGCUUCGCCGCGGAGUCGUUUCUUGGCAACGACCCCACGUUGUGCGGCCCGCCGCUGCGCCAAUGCGUGUCGGCUUCCGGGCUCAGCUCCCGCGGCGUCGCCGGGAUGGUCAUCGGCCUCAUGGCCGGCGCCGUCGUCGCAGCCUCGGUGUGCAUUGGGUGGGCGCAGGGGAGGUGGAGGCGGAACAGGAUAAAACGCGCGGCGGCGGGAGGAGAGGACGAGAUGCUGGAAUCUGAGGGGGACGCGGCGGAGGGGAGGCUGGUGGUGUUCGAGGGCGGCGAGCACCUGACGCUGGAGGACGUGCUGAACGCGACGGGGCAGGUGGUGGAGAAGGCGAGCUACUGCACGGUCUACAAGGCGAAGCUGGCGGGCGGCGGGGGCAGCAUCGAGCUGCGGCUGCUGCGCGAGGGCACCUGCAAGGACGCUGCGUCGUGCGCGCCGGCGGUGCGGCGCAUCGGGCGCGCGCGGCACGAGAACCUGGUGCCGCUGCGGGCCUUCUACCAGGGGAGGCGCGGCGAGAAGCUGCUGGUGUACGACUACUUACCGCGCAGCAGAACGCUGCAGGAGCUCCUGCACGGCGGCGGCGAGCCGGCUGGGCGGCCGGCGCUGACGUGGGCGCGGCGGCACAAGAUCGCGCUGGGCGCGGCGCGCGCGCUGGCGUACCUGCACGCGGGGCAGGGAGAGGCGCACGGGAACGUGCGGUCGUCGAACGUGGUGGUGGACGAGCUGUUCGUGGCGCGGCUGGCGGAGUACGCAGUGGACCGGCUGCUGGUGCCGGCGGCGGCGGAGGCGGUGCUGGCGGCGGCGAAGGGGGACGGGUACAAGGCCCCGGAGCUGCACUCGAUGAAGAAGUGCAGCGCGCGCACGGACGUGUAUGCGUUCGGGAUACUGCUGCUGGAGCUGCUCGUGGGGAGGAAGUCAUCUGGCUCCGGAGGGACGAGGGGGAGGGUGAUGAAUAAUGAUCUGCCGUCGGUGGUGAAGGUAGCGGUGCUUGAGGAGACGGCGUUGGAGGAGGUGCUGGACGCGGAGGUGGUGAAGGGAUUGCGAAUCAUUCCGGUGGAGGAGGGGCCGGUGCAGGCGCUGAAGCUGGCGAUGGGGUGCUGCGCGCCGGUGGCGGCGGCUCGGCCGAGCAUGGCGGAGGUGGUGCGGCAGCUGGAGGAGAGCCAGCCCAAGAACCACCCGCGGUCGGCGCUGUACAGCCCCACCGAGAGCAGGAGCGACGCCGGCACGCCCACCGCCGGCUAGCUGCAUCGCAUCGAAUUGCUGCUGCUCCGCCACGAGUGGAUGUGGAUCAGAUCAUCGGAAUGCAUCUCUAUCUGCCUGCUUAUUAAUUAGUAGUUAGUAGUAACUAGUGCUAGUCUCGAAGAACAAGUCAUCUAUAUUCCCCCUUUUCUUUUCCUUCUUUUUAAUUCUUCAGAAAUCAAAUCAGUUUGAUAUAUCCAUCCAAUUACUUACUAGGAGGAAAUGAAAGGUCUAUAUGUAUGUACUACUAUUUGGAUUGCCAAACAAACAAAGAUAAAGUUUGAUUGGGAG